CAGUUUAUAAUACAGAUGCGCCCCUGCCAUCAGCGAGGUAGCAGAAGGCAGGACGACGCAUCGAGCAGAAUGACGGCUCCCGGCAACACCUACGACGUGGUCGUGAUCGGCGGAGGAAUAUCUGGGUUGAGUGCAGCCAAGCUGUUGCUGGAGAGCGGACUGAGCCCCGUGGUCCUGGAGGCCCGUGACAGAGUUGGUGGUCGAACGUUCACUGCACGGAACAAGGAGACCAAAUGGGUGGACCUGGGCGGGGCUUAUAUCGGUCCGACGCAGAAUCGUAUCCUCCGAUUGGCUAAGCAGUACGGUGUCAAGACAUACAAAGUCAACGAGCAGGAGAAGCUGGCGCAUUAUGUUGAAGGAAAGACUUACACCUACAAAGGCUUCUUCCCACCCACAUGGAACCCUCUCAUCCACUUGGACUUCAACAAUCUGUUCCGGACUUUUGACGCAAUGGGCAAGGAGAUUCCUCGAGAAGCCCCUUGGAAAGCCCCCCAUGCUGAGGAGUGGGAUCACAUGAGCAUGCAGCAGCUCAUAGAGAAAAUCUGUUGGACCAGUGCCACCCGUCGCUUCGCCACGCUGUUUGUUAACGUGAACGUCACCUCCGAACCCCACGAGGUGUCGGCGCUCUGGUUCCUGUGGUACAUCAAGCAGGCGGGCGGAACCAUGAGGAUCUUCUCCACUACCAACGGAGGACAGGAGAGAAAGUUUUUGGGCGGGUCAGGUCAGAUCAGCGAGUGCAUGGCCAGAGAACUGGGGGAUCGGGUCAAGCUGCAAUCUCCGGUCUACAGGAUUGACCAGAGUGGCGACAUGGUGCUAGUGGAGACGACAGACAAACAGACUUACAUGGCCAAGUAUGUGAUUGUGGCCACCCCUCCUGUCCUCAACCUGAAGAUGCACUUCAACCCCGAGCUACCCCCACUGAGGAAUCAACUCAUCAGUCGUGUCCCCAUGGGCUCGGUCAUCAAGUGCAUGGUGUACUACAAAGAGAACUUCUGGAGAAAAAAGGGUUUUUGUGGCAGCAUGGUGAUCGAGGAGGAGGGAGCGCCCAUCGGACUGACGUUGGAUGACACGAAACCUGAUGGCAGCGUGCCGGCCAUUAUGGGAUUCAUCUUGGCCCGCAAAUGCAGAAGAUUCUGUGGGCUCACCAAAGAAGAGAGGUUCAAAAUGAUCUGUGAGAGCUUCUCCAAAGUUCUGGGCACUGAGGAAGCUUUGCAUGCGAUCCACUACGAGGAGAAGAACUGGUGUGAAGAGGAGUAUUCGGGAGGGUGCUACACAGCCUAUUUCCCUCCAGGCAUCCUCACCCAGUUUGGAAGGGUGCUUAGAGAGCCGGUGGGCAGGUUGUACUUUGCAGGCACUGAGACUGCCACUGAGUGGAGUGGCUACAUGGAGGGUGCUGUCCAGGCUGGAGAGAGAGCAGCCAGGGAGAUUUUGUGCACAAUGGGAAAAAUCCAUCGCAGUCAGAUCUGGCAGACAGAGCCUGAGUCAGAGGAUGUGCCAUCACUCCCAUUCGUCACCACCUUCUGGGAAAGGAAUUUGCCUUCUGUCGACGGCCUGGUCAAGUUCAUGGGCCUCUCGGCCUUUUUUUCUGUGGCCACGGUGGCUGGCGUGGUUGCCUACAAGAAGGGCCUCAUCCCUCGGUGUUAAAUACCAGUGCUGCCCACUUAUGUACUUAAUCACUGAGCAUGACUUUCCACGUGGAAAGAUGGGUGCUGACUGUUGAUUCGUAGCUACCUUUUUUUUAAAACUAUUCAUAUGCCAACCUGAAUUAAUAAUGUUAACCUCGAUCCUGCUACACACAUCACUUCUUUAUUCCUCCAUGCCAUUGUAAAUUAUGUGACUUUUUUUCUUUUCACAAAUCCUGCUCAAACCUGUGAGUCUGAGCUUUUGGUGCUCCCUGUGAGCGUUUGUAUCGUGUGUGAGUGAGUGUGUGCAUGUGUGUCCGUCCCAAGUGUCUAAUUACAUCUGUAGAUACUCAUUUUUAUUGUGACGAAAGAGCACCUAGGCCAUUGCAGAUGGUCAUAGGGGUACAUGGGGUGUUCCAGAAAGUAGGUUUAGUGAAAACUGAGUAUGUUAAGCCUGAAAACAGGAAAUCUCCAGGUUUCUAGUUCGGGGCAUAUGCACAAUUAUUCCCAAGUAAAAUGUGCCACACCUAUCAGAAUUAUAUUAUUAUAUUUUGUUUUUAGCUGCUGUCAAGUUUGUUUUACUCCUGUGGUAUUGCAACGCUUACCCAAGCAAACCACAUAUUCUACUGGGACAUCACUAACACGUUCUUGCUUUGAAAAUUUUUUAUUUUAUUUUGAAAACCGAAUGUUGUCACAUGUGCCCAUCACACUUUCUAUUGAAAAUCCUAGAAAGGAAAUUGAAAACAAAAGAGCACCAUAAUUUAAAGGAUUUUAAGUGCAUAGAUAGAUUUUUCUUCUCCAUAGUUACCAUGAUGAAUCUAGGUAUCAAUACUCUAUUGAUGGCAUUUUCUUUCUAGCCGUGUACAUGCUUACCUCAAAGUUAACCUAUUUAGAGUUGAGCUACCUAAUUCAUAUCAGCUGUUCUGGAGUUUCUCCCAUCUCAGGGUGUCAACCUCGAGCUCACCAUUAGACUCAGUUUGCUGAACUAUCUGCAUGGAAUACCCCCCAGGUAAGCAGUUGUCAUUUUAUUCUAAUUGACAAAACAUACUAAUGAAAACAAUGCACUUUUAUUCAUUCAUUUCCAAUAGGGAUUCUUAUCUUUAGGGUCACAAAUGAGUUAUCCCAGCCGAGUUGGGUGACAGCGUGAACUUUGGUCGGCGGUCAAUCGUAUAUAUAGACAAGCAAUCAUUCAGACUUAGACAAUUUAGAGUCCCCAAUUAACCUCAAAUACGUGUUUGGAAUGUGUGAUGGAGCCACAAAAACGAUAUUCGAACAUACCACUAUUGCACUUUGUUACCCAGCCCAAAACAACCUCUACAACAAAAACUACUUUUUACUCCCACCCCUAAUGACUGGCCAAUCAAAAAACAGGAUUAGCAUGCAAAAAUAAAACACAGUAUGUCCCAUACUUGGAUCUUCAACAUGGAAUAAUAAUCAAUGGCGAUAUAGAAGAUAAAAAUGAUGUGAAUAUGAAUUUCUUGCAGGGAUUUAUUGACAUAAGAUAAAUAUAGCCUAAUUGUAUUCUAGUCAAAUGCAGUAAGUGCUUAAGGUUGUGUUUUAAUCGAUGUAAUGCAAGCGUUUGAAUGUACAAUAUUUCCUUAACACGAAUUGCGCAAAUUGUAACUCAUCACUUACUAUUUCUCUAGCUUAAGUGAUAUAUUUUUUAUGCUCUGCAUAAGGCGCAUAUUAUUGUCGCUUUAAUGUUAAAGAAAUUAAUCGACUUUUUAAUCACAAAUGUAUGUAGUUUAUGUAUCAAUAUAAUUCUUUUAAUCAUCAUAAAUCCAAAUUAUGAACAGAGGGCAGUAGUCACUUUAAUAAACAGUAAUGGUUGAAAAAAAGGGUGGUAGUCACUUUAAUAAACAGUAAUCGUUGGAAACAAAUCCACAAAUUGUUAUAUUAAACAAUUAAUGUGUUUGUGUGCACAUGUAUGGAAGAGUGAGUGUGGAAAAAAUUUGUGAUGUUCUUGUCUUCAAGACCAAUUGUUUGUGUAUCGUCAGUGAAGUUGUUGUGCCUUUCAUUGAAAAAUUCUGGUGUUUUAUUCAUGUUAAUGUUUGGAUUCUCUUAAGUGCCUGUGUGACUGUAAAUUUCAUAUUCCCUUUCCCAUACUGGAGGUCAGAGGUCUGUGAUGAAGUCAAAUAAAAGGCAGGAGCUGCUUUAAUUAUGUAACACUCCCUUAAAGGGGCCGUUGUAAGGAAGAUUAUUUUGUUUCCAACGUUUAAAGCACUAAUACCAUGAAAACGCAUUCCAACAUAGAAUUCAGUGGAAGCUUUAGAAAAAUGAAAUUUUAGCAUCUUUCGCACUGCUUAGAAAAGAUAGUAUAUAUCUACUGGUACUUUUUCUUUUGCUAUCUUGUAAAGUGCAUCUCUGCAAAUAACUUUACACCAUGCCAUUGUGUGAAAUGUAACAAAAAAGCAAUGUGAAAUCUGUUUUUGCAAUGUCAAUCUUGUAUUACCUCAAGUUUAAUAGCUGAAAAUCUCUCCUGACCUAAUGAUCAGACUGUUCAUCCUCAGUAGCCUUAUUCGAAAAAUCAAAACCUGUGAAUAAUUUAUUUCUUUGAAUUAUUUGAAAGAGUUAAGUGUUGGUGUCGUGAAUGUUUAAUCGCAACAGUGUGAGCUGAUGGACUUGUGAGUGCUCACAAAUGCAUCUCACUGUGUUUUUGCAAUCUCACAAAGUCCGCUAAACAAAUGUUGGACGCUCUACUGCAUACUUUAAUCUUGGCCUUUUUUUUUUUUCCCGUCUGUCACAUUUUCUCCAUUAAUCCCCUAAAAAUUCCCUUUUAGAUGUAUGUAUUUGAUUGCUGGAAAGGAAGUGGUGAUAUUUACAUGAAGAAAAAAAGGGAAAUAAAUCUUUUACUCCUUUUCUGUCCAA